AUGGUUUCGGAUAAGCGCCACGCUUUAGUCAUCGGAGGUGGCUUCUCCGGCAUGUUCGCCGCGAACGAGCUCAGGGGUCGUUUCGAUGUCACCCUUGUUGAUGCCAAGGAGUACUUCGAGUAUACUCCCGGUGUUCUCCGUGCUUAUGUCAAGCCCGCUCAUUACGACGCUCUGUCAUUCACUUACCAGUCGAUUCUUGAGCGCACUAUGGGCAUUAAGUUCCUCUGGGGUGAGGUUACUGAGCUCGACGGUGAGAAGCAGAUCGCUCAUGUCAAGCCUAUGUUCUCUGAUCAUACCGAGGAGGUCGCCUUUGACUACUGCGUCAUCGCCGCCGGUUGCACUUUCGGUCUCUUCUCGAAGUGGGGUGAGUCUCUCUGGGCCCCUACUGUGAAUGAGGGUGCCAUUGCUGAGUCCGAGUGGAAGCAUAUCGAUGAGCGUUUCAUCGAGGGUCGCCGUCGUCAUAUCUUCGAGGAGCACGAGAAGCUUGCUGCCCUCAACAAGAAGAAGGCCAACGUCCUCGUCGUCGGUGCCGGUUUCAUUGGUGUCGAGUGGGUCACUGAGCUCCAGCACUACUUCCCCAACCUCAAGCUCACCAUCAUGGAUUUCCUCCCUAAGUGCCUUGGACCCCUCCCUCAGAACGCCGCAAGCUACUGCGACAAUGCUACUAUGGCAUGA